CGCCAUGGCAUUUCAGCGGUGUAUAAUUCCAUGGUAUGCCCCAAGGAGAGUUCAUUGUUCUUCAAAAGCCGUUCAUUCUUCAGUGAAACAGUUUUCACCACCCAAUCCACGAAAAAUUCCCCAGCCCAACCAUGCCAUACGAUAUCAGCAUCAAAAAGGUUUCUUUGGCGGGCGCAUCCGGAAAUCUGGGUCCUGCCAUCCUGAAAGAACUCCUCAAGUCGGGCCUCUUCGAUAUCACGGUCUUGACUCGCGAAGCAAGCACCCACAAGUUCCCCGAAGAAGUUAAAGUCGUGAAGGUCGAUUACACAAAUCUCGAAUCACUUACAAAGGCGCUCGAAGGACAGGAUGCUUUGGUCUCAGCGGUAGCCACACUUGCAGUGCCAAGCCAGAGGAUGCUGAUAGAUGCAGCGGUGGAAGCUGGCGUCAAGAGAAUCAUUCCCUCUGAGUUUGGCUGCAGCCUUCAUAACCCACGUGUGCGAGCCUUACCAGUCUACUCCAACAAGGUCCAAAUCGAAGACCACCUGCACCAGCUCGCCGUCAAAGGUCUAACAAGCUACACGUUGAUAUUCAAUGGGCCAUUCCUCGACUGGGGUCUGAGAAGCGGACUGUUCAUCAACUUCAAGGAGAGAAAGGCAGAGGUAUACGACGGAGGUGACCAACUGAUCAGCGCAAGCCGCUUGUCGACAGCAGGGAAGGCUGUGAGGAGGGUUCUGACCCACCCUCGCGAGACUGCAGAUCGUGCUAUCUUCGUCAAGGAUAUCGACGUUUCUCAGAAUCAACUUUUGGGGCUUGCCAUGCAAUUGACUCCCGGGGAAGAAUGGGAUGUCAAGCACAUCAGCACUGCUGAUUUAGAAAAACAGUCCCUCGAGCAGAUCGAGAAGAAGGAAAUCACACCAACGACCAUGCUGGGGCUCAUCAAGCGGGCUAUAUUCUCUCCCGAGUUCGGAAACCAUUUUGAACAUGUGCACAACUCCAUCUUGGGCGUCAGGGGUAUCACUGAACCUGAUCUUGAGGAGCUGAUUGCCUCGAUAUUUGGUACGAAACACUUGGAAUAAGGUUAACUGGCUGGCGGCCGUAGGGGCAAAAGAUCCUCUUAGGCAUUUUAUUCUCCUCUUUCCAUUGAUGUAGUAACACAAACGAUUUGGGUACCAAAAUAAUUGAUUCUUGGGGUUCGAGAAAAUUCGGCUUGUGAAGACACUUUAAGCUGAAUUUCGAACUCAGCAAUGUUGCCUUUGAAACCCGAACCGCAGAGAACAAUUAAUUACGAGAUAGGUCUUUUUGUGAGGUCGGGGGUGGAGGAUUCCUUCCCUUUAAGAUUUUCGGCUGUUUUCGGUUAGCACUCUUUCGGCCUACAGUACGAAGGCGGGCGGCAUUAGUUCUAAAAACCGUCCAUCCGCAAAAAAGCGAGGAACACCAAAAUCGCUACGUUUAGAAAAUU